CGGGGUGCUGGGCAGCGAGAGGGGCUGCGCCUCCGAGCGCCUGCCUUUAUCUCCUCCCUUCCGUCUCCCGGGGGAUGCGCCUCCGCGUCUGCCCACCCCCAAGCCUAGGGCGGAGGCCUCACGCAAAAGCCAGGCUCCGCGGUCGGCGCUUGGCGCUCGGCGCCCCGUGCAGUCUCCGCCGCAGCUCCUUCCUUCCCGCUCGGCAGCGGUCCCUGGAGCGGCCGCCGCGGUUCCGAGCGAGGCCCGUGGCUGGUUUCGCUCCACGAAGAUGAACUGGACUGCCGCCGCGUGCUGGGCUCUGCUGCUAGCGGCCACCUUCCUCUGCGACAGCGGCGCAGCCAAGGGCGGCCGUGGCGGGGCUCGCGGCAGCGCCCGGGGCGGGCUGCGCGGGGGCGCGCGCGGGGCCUCGAGGGUGCGCGUGAGGCCUGCGCCCCGCUACGCCGGCUCCUCGCUGCGCGUGGCCGCGGGAGCGGCGGCAGGGGCAGCGGCGGGGGCAGCCGCGGGCCUGGCGGCGGGCUCGAGCUGGAGGAGGGCCGCGGGGCCCUGGGAGCAUGGCCCGGAGGACGACGAGGACGGCGCACCCGGCGGCAACGGAACGAACCGAAGCGUCUACAGCUACCGGGCGUGGACUUCGGGCGCGGGGCCCACGGGCGACCCUCACCUCUGCCUGCUGCUGGGCGGCGCCCUGGGCGCCCUGGGGCUGCUGCGGCCCUAGGCCGGGCUGGGCUCGGGGGCCAGAUCUGCCCCCAGCCCGCGCCCGCCCCGCGGGCCACGGCAGAGGCUGCCCAGCACUGAGCGCCCCUUGCCUCCACUGCCCAAGGCCUCUGAGCCCAGAGGAGCUGCGUGGCCAACUCCCGACAGUCCAGCAGCCUCUCCUCCUGUGACCCAGAGGCACCUCCUGUUCCCCCUCCUGCCUGAUCCCCUCCCCAGCCUCCGCACCUCCCACCCUACCAGGGGCCCAGUGGCCCACCAGCUCCAGGAUGCCCUGCCUGCCACUUGGAGGUGAGGGUCCUCCCCAGCCGGAAAGGCAGGUGUCCUGAGGCUCCUGCACCGUCCUGGCCAGCUGACCCCCACUCUACAAGCUGUUCAGGCCACUCGAGCUCCCCUGACCCCACCUGGACACUUGAGCGGUGUGGACAGUGCCGACCACCAGGCAGAGAGGUGGGCCCUCAGGCUGGGCUGGCUCUCCCACAGCCCUGAGGACGUGGUGGCCUCGCCCCCAGAAACAGCCCCAGUGGACCAAAGGCCUUGAGGAUUCGGGGGAGAGGAGAGGUUUCCCUCGCAGGCUGCAGUGUGCUGCCUGCCUGUCCAGAAAGGAAGGGGGCCACAUCUGUGGAUUAGUGAGCCCAGACGUGGCCCCGUGGUUCUCCAGAUGGCUCCCAGGAUACCCUCGCCCACAGGAACUGCCCACGCCUUGCCCCUGCCCUCGGGCCCAGGGCCCGUGUCCCCCUCUGGGCAGACGCUUUGCGAGACCCGCCGCCAGGGACUCCCUUAAAGCCACUUUGCUCUGACUUGAAACAAGUCACAUAACUCUUCUUGGACCUAUUUUGGAAGA